AUGGCCAUGGCGAUGACAGUAGGAGGAGCUAUGUUUCUGGCGCGCAGCAUCUUGGAGAGCCUCGCGAUGCUCGUGUUCUUUUACGAAAGCAGCCUUGGAUGCUUUGCCAAUAUCGUGGAAGAAGCAGCAUGUGGUCGUGGUGGCUUCCAAGCGAAUAUGGAUUGUCUUCGUGCUGCUCUUGCCAGGAAUUGUGUUCCGGAACAGCAUAUUGCAGAAGCCGCUUGUUACCAAGGACGUAUGGAUGCGUUUACGCCACGCGCAUUGAGUUCACGAUCUAUGCUGGCUGGCAAGGAAUACGAAUUUUCCGAGUAA